AAAGUAAGGUGGGAAUAUUCUGGAUGCUUACGAUCCAGUUAGAGAACUCUGGGAUGCUUUGCACACAGUUUCAUCUGUAUUAGUCAGUGUAUAUACCAAUGUAAACCAUUUCAUUGUCAGAGUUUUGUCAAUUUUUUGUCAAUGUACAGUAUAUAGUUUUUAGCCAAAGAGUGGAGCAUUCAUUUAGUUUAUCACAUCUACAUGUAUUGAAACUACAGACAGAAUAGCAACAUGACACACAAGAUUGACACAAGAUGACUCUGUGGUGCUGUGACUUUCACUUUACUGGCAGUGUCUGAGUAGUGUGGCAAUUUCCUUUAGAUGAUACAUUUUUAGUUCAAUGAAUCUCAAUAGGUUUUGAUUACACAUAUUUAUAUAAGCAAACAAUGCAUCCACACAGCCACUCACUUUAUAUCAGACCUUUACUGGUGAAAAUGGUGUCAAUUAAAUCAAAUCCUUUGAUCCGAGGUCAUUGUAAAGUACAAGAAAUGUGUGUGACAAGACAGAGAAUUACAGCUCAAUUUCUAGAAAGUGAGAAUUGAUAAUGAAAGCGUGCGUAUUGAAGAGAGACGGGAGAGAGAGUGGGCAGGGCUCUAGGUACAGUAUGUGAGCACAACAGCACGGGCCAGUGGGACAGAGGAGAGUGCGAUGAAAGGAGGGGGGAGGAAGAGGAGAGUGUGUGCGGUUAAGUGCUAGGAAGUGUGUGUGCGCGUGUGUGUGUAUGUGUGUGCGAAAUUAGACUAAACCAGCGUCCAAGUGCUGCUGCAAGUGCAAGACAGUGAGCCGGGGGAAGGAGAGAUGCCUGAAUAGAAUGAGGAAUAGGAGGGCGAGGCAGCGGCGAGAGGCGCUGGGUGUGUGUGGAGGAGGACCAGUGUGUGAACAGAGGGAUGCAGUCAUGUCUCUGUGAGAGGGAGCAGCACAGCAACGGUAACCAUGCUGAGCCCCAAGAUAAAACAGGCUCGCCGGGCGCGGUCCAAGAGCAUGGUGCUUGGAGAGUUGUCCCGCGUGUCCAGGCCCUGCUCUCCUCUGGAGCAGGAGAAGGCGCUGAAGGCCGGCUGGCUGAAGAGGCAGAGAAGCAUCAUGAAGAACUGGCAGCUGCGCUGGUUUGUCCUGAGGACCGAAGCUCUGUAUUUCUACAAGGAUCAGGAGGAGACGAAGGCACAGGGGUGUAUUCCUCUUCAUGGCAGCCAGGUCAAUGAGCUGCCUGCCAAUCAGGAUGAGCCUAGUCGACAUCUUUUUGAAAUUGUUCCAGGUGUUGCCGGAGAAAAGGAUCGAACAAGUAUCAGCCACGAGUCAUACUUGCUGAUGGCGACCUCUCAGAGCGACAUGGAGGAAUGGGUCAGAGCCAUUCGUAGAGUCAUAUGGGCUCCACUUGGAGGAGGUGUGUUUGGACAGCACCUCGAGGAGACUAUGCUGUAUGAGGCUCAAUGUGGCCCUCGCCGGCUGGUCCCUGUGCUGGUCGAGCAGUGUGUGUGCUUCAUAAGAGAUCAUGGGAUGGAGGAGGAGGGCCUCUUCAGGGCCCCAGGACAAACCAAUCACGUUCGAGAGCUGCAGGGCGCGUUUGAUCGUGGUGAGAAGCCGAUGAUUGACAGUACUACAGAUGUCCACACCGUGGCAUCACUGCUGAAGCUCUACAUACGGGAGCUGCCAGAGCCAAUAAUCCCCUUCUCCAAGUACACACAGUUUCUCUCUUGUGCUCAGUUACUUACCAAGGAUAAAGAAAUGGGCAUCAUAGAGCUGAGCAAACAGGUAAAAUGCCUUCCUCAGGUCAACCACAACCUCUUAAAAUACAUCUGCAGGUUUUUGGAUGAGGUUCAGUCUCACUCUGGUGAGAAUAAGAUGAGCGUUCAGAAUCUGGCCACUGUGUUUGGACCCAAUAUCCUUCGACCCAGAGUGGAGGAUCCUGUUACUAUGAUGGAGGGAAGUUCACAAGUACAGCAUCUGAUGACUGUGCUGAUCAGUGAACACUCCCGACUUUACCAACAUGACGAGUCAGAAACUGAAACCAAGAUUUCUCCACAGCAACAGCAGAGCCCGGUCCACCGGGGCAGGGUGGGGUGGCUCCCACAAGAGGACACUGGUCCCACAUCUUCCCCUGGCACAGUCUCCAAGACCCACAAAGGGAAAAGCCAGUCUACUACGGCCUCUGCUGAAAGUAGGCAGACAACACCAAGUCCCAAUACAAGACUGGAAAGAAAGGAGAACACUCAGGUGGAAGAGAAGAGUCAAAGUAAGACGGAGGAGAAUUUGGAUGAAAGAUGUGAAGAGGGGAGUGGAAGUGAUGCAGCUGGGAGCCCCAGUAAACAGUCUAAAGCCCUGCCUUCCUGGAAGUGUUCUUUCAAGGGCAGUGCAGCAUGCGGGGGGACGAGGGGGAAAAUGGGGGGAUCGGCGGGGGACGUGUCAGCAGCUGGUGGGAGCAACUGGCUGAUGAAUGGCCUGUCGUCCCUCCGAGCACACAGGCGUACCACCUCGUCUGGUGAAAGACUGAAAGACUCCGCUGUGACUCUGAAGGAUUCAACGCUGUCCCUUAAAGAGGCCGCGCUUUCACUUAAGGACUCGCACAGAGACUCCGAUGAAGACUCCCGGACGUCCGCGUCUCAAAGAGCCCUUCAUCUGUCUCACAGGAUGUCUGCUUACGACAACAUCGGCCCCUCCAGCCUAAGCCUGCCUGCCGACACCGCCGCCUGGACCGCCCCGUCGGCUGAGCCGGAGGGGAAUGACAGGACGGAAAGGAUAGGGCAGGGUCAAGAUGAAGCCGCAGAGGUGAGAGACAGUGCAAAUGCUCAGGAUCAAAGUGCAAGUGGCACCGAGGAUGAUCCUGCAGAAACAAAUCAAAGUAACAUGCUGAUCCAGCUCAAGCAGGAGCUGAAGAAACAGAGGGCGAGCUAUGAGGCUUGCAUUCGCAAGUUGGAGGAAUCCUGCUCUAAGUACCGGGCCCAGGUAAACUGCCUCGAGGAGGAGCUGGACCAGGAGAAGAAGAAGGUUCACAUGCUGGAGAUCCGACUCAGGAACUCGGUGAGGGCGCAUCAGGACGCAGAGAAGCGAAACGUUCACCUCCAGAAAGAGAUGGAGGAGUUCUUCAAAACCCUGGGAGACCUGACCACAGCAGCCACGCGGACCAACUGAACCAGACCAAGCUGCCUUCACCUGGUGCAUGGGAGGAGCUGAAGCUUAAUUACCGGGAAGUCCAGCCAGCCCCAAAGCUCUGAAGACCAAAUACCUCUAGUGCAGUUCUACUACCACUACACCGUGUCCUCUUGAAUAUGGCCGUCUAUGUGCCUACAAUGACCUGUGCUGGUGCCAAAUGUGGAUUCUUUCGGACCAACGACCACUCAUUUCAGCCAUAAAUUGUAUCAAACUGUAGUUGAUUAUUAAUUGACUAGACUCCUCAGAGCAGAAAAAGGCAGGAGGUCCAGUCUUCCUCUCCACACCCUGGUCAUUUUAGAACCAUUAACCUUGACGGACAGAAAGAACGGACAACGCGAGACGUUACAAUUCAACUCUUUAAUGGACAGUUUUCAUUUCUGCUGUGUAAUCGGUGUGCUAGUGAGGCAAUUCCAGAUCCAAAGGCUAAACUCGCGUCCACUACUUUCAGACCCUCAACCAUCCCAAGACUGCAGCAGCAUCGCCCUAGUAGUGCUACGUGGCUCUCCGCUCUAUACCUGCACUAAAACCAGAUUUUCUCAGAGGAA